AUGGAUCAAAAGUCAUCUCUCACAGAUCCCACCCUUAAAAUUUACCCAUCAGAAAAACUUAUUAAGUUCCUCCAAACAAUAAAAAGCAAUUAUGAAAUACCUGAAAACAUUUUGAAAUUCAUUAAGUCACAACCUAAUAAAGGAAAGGACAAAGUAAAACUGAAGAACAUAGAACAAGCAUAUCACUUCUGCGACUCUGAUAUAUCAAAAUUAGAGAAAAUUAAAGUAGAAGUUAAAAAAUUUGACCUGAAAGUACUUGAGAAGGACGGUGACGAAAAUGACAAGAAUGCUGAUAAUGUACCCAAGGAAGUGCUCAAAGAAAAUGAUAGUGGGGACAAAAAGAGACAAUUAGAAUCAGACCCAACAGAAAUUGAAAAAGUGUCAAAGGAUAAUGAAAAAAACAGAGAUGGUCCAUUCCUAAAGACUUCAGAUCUAGACUGGCUAUAUGUUUAUCUUAACACUGUUAGAAGCACUGAAACAGACACCCCAUAUUUACAUGAGCUUAUGGAAGGAGUUCACAUUGAAAUGCCCGAAAAUAGUGUUAUUAAAAGGAACCCUGUGUUGGAACAGAGGUGUGUGAAACUGAGGGCUCAACAAGAGGCUAGAGAUUACAGGAAAAUGACAAAAGGUGUUGAUAAUGUAAGGAUCAGGUUCCCUGACGAUUCCAUUGCUUUCCAAUUGAAACAGAUGAACAGGCAGCUGAUUGCCAUUGGCCAAUUCAUCAUUUCAAUAUUUGCUGGAUUCCUGUUCGGCUUCAGAGGAGUUGAAUGGAUGGUUGGUAACCUCGACUUUGGAUUCCGGCUGCUCCUUGGAGUAAUGUGUGCUCUGGUGAUCGCUCUUGCUGAAAUAUACUUCCUGGCCAAAAAACUUAAUGAAGAGCUAAGUGUUCCUGAAACCACACAGAUAGGAGGACCUCCUAAGUUUGUUGACCAAGAAAAGUAUGGAAGCCAAAAGAAAGUUGUUAUUAAUAAGAGUGUUAAUAGUAAGGAACAUCAAGAUUAGUAUAAUAUUGGUAUAAUAAUUUACUAUAUAGUUUCUUUAUGUAUUGCUGUAAAUUGUACGUUAUUACAAUUAAUAACUAUUUAAAAUA